UCCUGUGCAGCUAUAACUGAAUUGACAAGUCAAAGCAGUAUUGCUUGGUUUGUGUUAGAUGUAAAUUGCGCACAAAGGGUGAAGGCGGGCGAAAUAUUUGAGAACUGUAUACACAGUCGUACAUCUUUUCAAGCGUAUAUUAAUUAGUGAUUUCCAGAGAAGUAAAAUGAUUGAUGAUAAAAAUAUUCAUUGCCAAUACCAAUGGGCCCACCUUCAUCACACGGGAAAUGUACCUUGAAAAUUAAGAAUAAUUCAACGUAUGGUCUUAUAUAGCGACUAAGUACCUGACGCUAACAAGAGGCUUCUAUUAAAAGAUUACAUUUGUCGAAGAUGCUUUCGAUCUUUCUUGCUUUGUUGUUGCAGAUAAAUAUAUUAAUCCAUGUCGAGGCACAAGAAGAUUUUGCCAAAGAACUCAAGAAACAAGAAUUGGAGUGUUACAAUAACCCAAAGAAUCGGUUAAUCAAAGACGGAUAUCCUGUUAAAUUUACAUGUGGUGUAAGCUUUUAUGGCGCUUGUUGGCCAACAACUCGUGCUAACAGCACAGUUUAUCUUCAAUGCCCUUCAAUUUUCUUUGACCUCCUUACUUCGGGGAAUAUCUCAAGACGGUGUAAUGAAUCUGGUUUUUGGGGAAAACCAGAUAUUUCCUUCUGCAAGAAAAUUAGUUCUGUUCCUUUGCCGAAUGAAGAGGAAGAUGAAAAACAACGUAUCUAUGUUGUUUUAAGUUGGUUUUCUUUUUCAAUUAUGAUCCCAUCGUUAGUGGUCACACUCUAUCUCUUGAAGGGCAAAAACGAACGGUUCAACGUUCAUACAAAUCUUAUCCUGGCGUUUACAUUUCGAAUAAGUACGUUCUUUAUCCACCACUAUGGUAACCUUGGUAACCAAGAUAGCUCACGGGUUUCUUGUAAUCUCGUUUGGAUUUUGAAUCGUUACUUUGCAUCAGCAGAAAUCAUGUGGAUGUUGAAUGAAGCUUUGCUUUUACUUAGAAAAGUUGUCGUAAUAUUUGAUAAGAAAAGUUACUUCAAAUAUUAUUUGCUGAUUGGAUGGGGAUCCCCUUUACUGUUGUUGACAGCGUAUAUUCCAAUUAUUGUAUAUUUUGUUGAUCAUUCACCAAAAAAGUGUUGGGUACAUUACAAGGAUUCAAUUUAUAUGUUAGUGUUGUACGUGCCACUGGUUUUCUUUUUAAUUGUUGAUUUCUUUGCAUUGAUAUACACCGUCUCAAUUUUUGUAAAAAGGCAGCAAAGGCAACAAAAAGGGGACUUCGUGAAAGUCAGGAAAGCCAUCAAAGGGACACUUGUGCUAUCACCCUUGCUUGGUGUAAUUUAUCUGUUAAUAUUCUUUGUACCAAAAAACCCACCAGUCUGGUAUCAAUAUUUCCUACGAAUUGUUUACCCAAUGCAGGGGACGUUGGCUUGUCUGGUUUACAUCACAUUCAGUGGUGAACUGCUAAACAAAGCGAAAUCAAAAUGUAGAUCAUCCUUACAGGGGACGCGCAUUUUGGAAAAUGGAUACUCGUGGAGUUUUAGUUCCCGUUCAAGACAUACAGAGAGACCAAUAAGAGGAACUACAUCAUGUCCCUCUCCAGACCCAUCCAUUGAUCAAAGCGGGCUGUCGCAUUCUUCCCCACCAUGUGACAAUGGUCCAAAAUGUGGAUGUGGCCUGACGCGGCAGUUAUCAGGAGUUCUGGGCUGAUUAGUAAUGACGAGCAGGAAGAAAGCAGUGUUUAAUUUGAAAUGUAUGAUAUUUGUGUGGAUUCACGCUUAACGUGAUGAUGGGUAAUGCCGAAUUACUCUUAUAAAUAUACCUUGUAAAACAUGAGUGCAUGUAAACAUCUUAUAUUUUAAAUAUGAUUAAUAAAUAUAUGUAGCCUAGAACAUGUGUGGAUUACAGCUAAAUAAAUUGUUAAC